GCGGUGGUAGUUAGUGACGGAUUAGAAAUAUUAUUAUAAUAAUUGACUUCUAAUAAUGCCGUAUUGGUAUUACGACAAAAAAGAUUUACAAAAUACACCAUCGUUCCGCGAUGGCAUUCCAAAUGACUCGGAAAAUCGUUACCGAAAGGAGGGCGCGAGGUUUAUCAUCGACACUGGAUCGAAGAUGGAUUUAGGUUAUAACACUGUUGCUACUGGUGUUGUUUAUUUUCAUCGCUUUUACAUGUUCCACUCGUUUCGGACUUUCCCGAGGUAUAUAACUGCAUGCUGCUGUUUAUUUCUGGCCGGAAAAGUGGAAGAGACGCCAAAGAAAUGUAAAGAUAUAAUAAAAGUAGCGAAAUCUCUAUUAACUGAACAAAAGUUUAGCACAUUCGGUGAGGAUCCUAAGGAGGAAGUGAUGACGUUGGAGAGGAUAUUGCUGCAGACGAUAAAAUUCGAUCUACAAGUGGAGCACCCGUAUGGAUAUCUAUUAAAGUAUGCUAAGUGCCUUAAAGGUGAUAAGGCGAAACUACAGAAAAUGGUGCAGAUGGCAUGGACCUUUGUCAACGACAGUCUUUGCACAACACUGUGCCUUCAAUGGGAGCCCGAAGUGAUAGCAGUGGCACUUAUGUUCCUUGCGGGCAAGCUGAGCAAGUUUGAGGUGGUCGAUUGGAAUGGUCGGGUCUCAAAACAUAAUGCCUGGUGGGAUAUGUUUGUAGAAGAUAUCACGAUGGAGCUGCUCGAAGAUAUUUGUCACCAGGUUCUGGAUCUGUAUUCGCCACAAACUCAACCCUCGGGCGGGGACUCGCCAACUCAAACUACAGCCUCAAAGCCGCCAAAAAACGAGAAGAAAGCCUCCGUUACACCGCCCACUUCCGCAUCACCUGUCGCCGCUAUCACUAAGCCUGUUGUCACACCAGUUAAAAACGGUUCCGAUGUUAAAUUAGAACCUCCGAAAAUAGAUAUGAGGUUUACCUACCCCGGAUACCCGGCGAUGCCUGCCUAUCCAGUGUACUCAGCGCCCCCGCCGGCGAUCCCGGCCAGGCUGCCCAUACCUGCGGGCCCGCCUCUGGUGUACCCGGAGCCCCCACCGGCCCCUCCGGCACGCUUCCCUCCCGUCAACGUUCCACCUCCAAACUACUUUUCCCCCAUGCAGGCCCGAGGCCCUCUACCUCCCAGGGGCCCGAUCCCUCCCGGUCCGCCACCGCCGCGACCUUACUACCCGCCACCGUAACGGAGAGCUAAAUAUAAUAGGUUAUGUUAUAAUUUUUUUACUAAAAAUAUAAAUAAUAGACUGAAA